AUGGCGGCGGCGAAUAAACAAAUCCCCGUUUCCGAUGACCUAAACUACAAACAGUGGGCUCCAAACGCGAAGAAAAAGCUAGUGGAGAACGGAGUAUGGGACGUCGUCGCGAACGGAGUCCCGUUCGAUCCAACGAAGCUCCCAGAGCUAGCGGCGAGGAUCAGCCCCAAAGAACUCGCCGAGUGGAGAGACCGCGCGAUCAGCGACAUGAAAGCUCUCAAGAUCCUCCAGUCUUCCCUCCCGCCUUCCACCUACCGCAACACAUUCUCCGUCGCCUCCGCCAAGGAUCUCUGGGAUCUGCUCAAAUCAGGCAACGAGGAACCGAAUCGCCCCAAGCUAGCGAAGGAGUUCGAGGAUCUCGCGAUGUACGACGGAGAAUCGAUGGACGGUUACUUGGAGAGAGUUUUGGAUAUCGUCGAACGGUUUCGCCGUUACGGGAAUCCCAAGCCCGACGACGAGGUCAUCACCAAGCUGUUGACAUCGCUCUCGUGGAUGUACGAUGAUUCGAUUGCGAUGCUGGAGGAGAUCAUGAGUCUUCCCGAUAUGACUCUCAACGAUCUGGUAGGGAUUCUCGAACUGUUUGGAGAUCAUCCAGGGGAAUACAUGACGCAACAGCUCAAGAAGCAUCACAAGAGUCUUGCGAAGGCCAAGUCCGAGCAGAUGUGGUGUGAUGGCUUGUGCAAGAAGUAUGAUCACAAUCAAGAAGACUGUUACCGUAGUGACACGAGUGGACAGUGCCAUGUGUGUGGAGCGAGGAGAGGAGGGGAGUGUGCGAGAGGUUGUACAGCGAAGAACGGGAAGCCAGAGCAUUUGAUGUUGGCUGUGACUACGGGCGAUUUCACUUACGGUGACGAUGUGUGGAUGGUGUACUCGACUGCUUCGGACCAUAUGAGUCCGUAUCUGAAGGUUUUCGCCACGCUGGAUAGAACGUACAAGGCUCGUGUUGGAAUGGCUGAUGGGAAAGUUGUUAUGGCGGAAGGGAAAGGAGAUGUGAAGAUUACUAUGAAGGGUGUGAGGAAGUUGAUCAAGAACGUGCUUUUCGUUCCGGGGAUUGAUAGAAACGUGCUGAGUAUUAGUAAGCUGACAUCAGGUGGCGGCUCGGUGGUGAUAGGUGGAGGGGAAUGCACUGUUAGAGAUGAGAAUGGGAAAGUGUUUGCUAACACGAGGUUGGAAGAGAGAGGCAUUGCUCUGCGUUUUAAGGUGAUUAGGUAA